GCAAGCGACAAAGGUAACUAUCAAUCUUACGGCUCAUAAGAACUCACCAUUUCUCUGGAAAAAACAAAUAGUUGCACGCAGAACAUGAUCUUUCUUUUGGCAUUGCUCUACCCGCUCUGUAUUACUGCCUAUCCCAAUGGACAGGGUAUAGAGGGAUCAUGCACCACGCUGCAGCCAAGUCAUGGGGCAUCAGCUCAAACAAGCAGCGCACCUUAUACUGUGGGACUGUCUAAAUCAACCUACAGUUCAGGAGAGAGAAUUACAGUCACUCUCAGCACUAAUGCAGGAGCAACCCAGUUCACUGGUUUUCUGAUCCAGGCUCGUGCCGGUAGCAGUAACACACCUAUUGGCUCUUUUGAGACCAGUAACGCAAAUGCACAAACAUUGACUUGUACUACCAGUGCGAGUGCGGUGAGUCAUACCAGUAACUCGAAGAAAUCAAACAUACAAGUAACUUGGGUAGCACCAAAUGCUAACAUCACAAAUCUCCAAUUCAGAGCCACAGUUGUUCAAGUGGAAAAAACAUUCUGGAUAAAUGUAGCUAGUUCUACACUAACCUAUGUUGCAGCAACUACAUCCAGUACAACAGUGAGCACCCCAACUACAGCUACACAAUCUAAUUAUUUUGGAAAUACCAGCAUUGCAACUGUAGCUAAACAAUCUAAUUCCUCAGGAAGCCCUAGUACCACAACUGUAGCUAAACAAUCUAAUAACAGUGGAUCCAUAUUGUCGUUUCCCGUCUUAUACGAACUUCUGAUUCUUACUAUAAUGGUCAUCACUGGUUUCACACAGAUUUGAAGAUAGCCUUCAGGAUGUCUACUCCAUUGCCAGCACGACUUCACAACUGUAUACUGUAACAUCAUUCUGUUAACAAGCAAUGAAUCAAAGAUGGAAUUUCUGUAGACUUUAGCUAAUUAAACAGAAGAUGUAAAUAUGUAUUACUAUAUGAUUGUAAAUUAAAGAUCUAAUUAUGCUUA